AAAGCAGAUAGUGUUUCGAUUCAUGUGAGAACCUAAGCAUGUGUAUGCAAUAACCCUCCAAAUCAAUCGCAAAUUAGACAAAUAUACGUUCGUUUUAUUUUUUUUUGUUUUCAUUGUGGGUUUUACUUCAUCAUUUUGUUGAAACAGAAUAUGCGUACAAAUUGUCAAAUAUAAAAACUCCAUCCGAAGAAGAAAAACAACUCCAAAAUUAAAUCGAAAUUGAGUGUAUUUUCAAAUCGAAUUUGUGUACUUAACACUUGUAUUGUGGUAUUCUUGUCGCGCCGAAAGAUAUCACUCGAAUAUUUGUCAUACAUAUCAACGCGCGAGGCCAAUCGACUUUUCAGCGUUCGCACUUCCCUCUCUCUCAUUCAUUCACUCGCCGACUUCAAAUCAGUGAAUACGACACAGCCACACGAAACAUUAUCAGUUUUGGAGUGACAGAAAACAGAGAGAGAGAGAGAGAGAGAGAGAGAACAGAAAAAAAUAAAGAAGUCAUAAAAUUCUAUACAGCGUUACACGCUCUUGCAAACUGAAAGGCAGCAACAAAACCUAGGUCAAGCGGCGUUGAAACGCAGUUCUACCAAACGUGUGCAUGUCAAAAGACGCAAAGUGGUAUUGAUUCCGCCGAUUUCGAUUGUGUGAAUGUAACAGACAUUUUCGGACCUCAAGAAUAAACCACAACAACAACACCAACAACCAACGACAAACAUCGAUAAUUCAAGUGAAUAAAAAAGGUGAUUUUUUACUUAUUUCGGUGUGAUUUUUGGUUGUAGAAAUAAGAGAACAGUUUUUUUGUUUCUCUACAUUGGUGGAAAAAUCGUUAAUUGAAUUUCCUACAUCGUUGAUGUGCACGAGAACAAAAGUGUCAAUCGAAUCAAUUUCAAUUCAAUUCAAACCAGAAUUAAAUCACGACAAGUUUCCAAUAAUAGCGAUUCGAAUUGGGAAAUUCGAUAUAUAAAAAUAUUUCUUUUUAAGCUGAAACAAUCACGCGAUUUCUGAACAAAACAAAUAUCGUUCCCUGUGUAUGUGUGCAUAUAUCUUAUCUAUUUUACCGUUCGUUGAUAUUCCGAUGCGAAGCAACAGAAAAACAAACAUGUCAACAUCGGAUGAAAUUCGAGGAAAUAAACACGGAACAUAGUACCUCGCACUGACACAAGUAAAAACGUUCUAAAUUCAUAGAGCAAAGAGCAAACGUUUUUUUUUUCUUCAUUUCGUUUGUGUGCCUUUUUUUAUCGAUGUCAUAACAUUACACUGACAAAUCGAAUAAUGGUCGAUGCAAAUGUGUCAAAACGUAUUGAGAGACAGCGAGCAAAUUAAAAAAAAAACAUGGGAACAAAUCUUCACUUCAGCAGUUUUCAAUGAUUAAGUCAGCGGCCUGAAGCACAUUCAACACCACCAUCUGAUUCGUCCGAUUAUUUCACACAUUACCCAACGCCAAAAUGCUUAAUGAUAAGAGAAAAAUUCUUGUUAGCACCGGAAACAUUCUAAAUGUCAACAAAAAGGCCGGCCAAAAAACCAACGAAGAGCUGUUCGAUUGCCUAAAUUUAACGAUGUCCGAUCCGGUGGUUGAUACCAAAGCUGGCAUUAUAGCACGCAGCAAUGAUGAUUUACUGGCCAAAGUGAAGGAAUAUGAACGAAAUGAUAUUAAAAUUGGCGCUAAAGUAUUCUUGAAUCAUUCGGAUCCGAACCUAUUACAUGAGGCCAUCGACAGUUUGUUGCAAGUGCUUAAAAUCGAUCAUUUGGAUAAUUUAAUACUGGGCUUUCAUCCGUUGGACGGCGCUAAAUCCAAAUCAAAUGGCACUGACAAAACCAAUGGAUAUCAAAAUGGUUCGCUGGGAUCGUCAUUGACAAAAGAGAGCCUAUUGACAUGGGGUGACACCGCAACGGCCAUUGAUGAAUUGAAAGAAUUAUGGCAAGUCCUUGAAACCUAUGCAGAUGAUAAACGAAUCUGUCAACUGGGCAUUGCUGAUCUUGAUACAGACACACUGAUCGAACUGUACACAUCGUGCCGCGUUAAACCGACCAUUUCACAAAUCAAUCUGAGCGCAUGCUGUGUUGUGCCACCAUCGAUGCAAGAAUUUUGCGCCAAAAACGAAAUUCAACUACUCACGCACAGCGAUUCUGAAGUGCUCAUCACUAAAGAUUCAUUCAACGAAAUAAACAGCAAUCUUCUCCAACCAUUCACACCAACGUGGACGUCACGCUAUCAAGUACACAUAAAAUGCCGUGGCGUUUUAACUGCCAGAGGAUUCCUAAUGGGAGCUGCACGUGACUGAAUCACACCAGUUUUUUCUUGAUAAAAAAUAGAAGUUAGAUGUUCAAUUUUAUCGUAAAUCGUUAAUUGUGCUUUCAAUUAAAAUUGCACUUCCUUCGGAUAUUUGAAACAAUUCCAAAUGAAAUGUAGAACAUUUUUGAUGGAACCGAAUUGUGAUUUGAAGAAAAACCAACAGGAAAACCAACGCUAUUUCGAUCCCAAUCUAAAUUUGUUUCAAAAUUUUGUUUUGUAUUUAAUAAAAAAAUGUGAAUUGGUGAUGCACUAGCAUGUUAGCAAAAAAAAAAGAAUUAUUAUCAAAAUGAAUACAUAAAUUAGAAUGCAAAUCCAAAAAAAAGAAAAAAAAAUCCUACACAAAAAAAAUAAAUGAAAAAAUAAAUAAAUAGUAGUACCUGCAAUCAAAUUGUUAACUAAAUCGUUUGACGAAUGAAUAGCAAAUGAAUGUCAUUCUUUGACCUUCGGCAAAAGAAAGCGAAUUGAUUUCAUAUUUUAAAAGAAGAAAAAAGUAUUACUAGAUUUUAUCACAAUACAAAGAAUUCAAAUGAGUUUAUCAGCAAAGCCGAUUUUAUCAUCACAAUUGAAUGUUGUUGAUAAAAAAAAAACAGCCAAAAUUUCCGGCGCCGAUAGUUUUUGUAUUGUAGUUACUGAACAUCCAAUCGUUUCUGCAUCUUUUUAAAUAGAUUGUAAUAAUUUGUGCGAGAAUGAAUGAGAAGAAGCGAGAAAAAAAACGAAUUUAAUAUUAACAUAAGAGCCAAUGCAUGCUAUUUGUAUCUUACUUUUAUGUUUGAGUUUUUUUUUUACAUAUUUUGGGCCAAGAGUAACAAAAACAAUGAGAGAGCCCAAAUGGGUGAUGUCUUUAUUUUUUAUUUUACGAAUACUUAUACACAUACACUAUUUUUCUGUUUCGAUAUUUUUUCACAAACAAGUUUCAAAUGCAAUGAAUAAAAACAAUUUCCUAUUUUUAUGCUCA